UUUCAAUAACGAUUGUUUAGCAAAGCAUCAUGGCUUAUGAAAGAGUUUAUCUGUUACCUCUGGCCAUAUUUGUUAUUUUCCCAUGCACAUUUUUAGGAACAUACAUAGCUGCAGUGUUGCUAGGUCAUGUUGAACCUGAUUUUCCGUAUAUUAGUGAUGCAGCUACUUAUUCACCAGAGAGUUGUGUCUUUGGUCAACUAAUGAAUGGUGGGACAGUUUUACUGGUUAUGGUGAUCUACAUACGUUACAGGCAAAUAGAUGAAUAUUAUCGGAGCUAUGCACUGACAUCGGCUGUUAUUAAACAUAACAAAAUUGCAUUGUGGACAGGAUUUCUGUCCUGUUUUGGACUCAGUCUUGUUGCAAACUUCCAAGAAACAAACGUGAUUAUUGUUCACCUUACUGGUGCCUUUCUUUGUUUUGGGCUUGGGACUGUAUAUAUCUGGCUCCAAGCAAUAUGUUCGUAUUACUUACAUCCAUUAGCAAAUGGCAUAAUUAUGGCUCAUAUGCGAGUUGUAUUGGCUAUGGUUUGCACUAUUUUCUUUAUUCUUCUCAGCAUAACAGGAGUUAUUUCACAUCUUGAAUUUCAUGGGAAAGACCCACGGAAAUGGUAUCCUGAAGAUGGUGGAUGGGAGAUGCAUGUAGCUAGCACUGUUUCAGAAUGGAUUGUUGCCACAUCAUUUUGUGUAUUUAUUUUGUCUUUUGUUCAAGAGUUUCGAACAAUUAACCUUGAAGAACCUCAGAUAUUUCUAACCCUUGAAAGAAACAGAACAUCCAGUGACAACAGUGAAGCUUCUCCCAUUAUAGACCAGUCUUCUACUGCAGAUGAAGUUAAUGUUAUUGUUAGUCAAGAGGGUGGUGGUAUUAUUACCUGACUGAAGAUCACAGCCAAUCACAAUGCAAUAACUUCUCACAACUGGAAUCAAGAUUCAGCAAACCAGCAUUCUGUCGUGAUCAUUGCUUCAAGACGGACACGUUGUGGCCGUGGUUCUCUUUCAGAAAUAUCUGUAAGUGAAGAGGAUGUAUUAUUAGGAUCUGAAUAUGAGUCUCAUACCUGUUUUAAUCAUCAAGAUGAAAUGAACAGAGGCAGUGACCAGUUGCCACAUUCAGUUGUGAUAAUUGCCUCAACACCAUCAUCACCAAGCAAUGUAAGAAAUGAUUUGCAUAGUAUUACACCAUCUAAUGCCUCUGCUGGUCAACAGACCAGUGAACUAGUUCCUAGUAAACUCUUAUCGCUUUCUUUGUCACUGCUGGUAGCAGCUUUCUUCCAAGCCAUUCGAUGCCUCACAGAAUUUAUUGAAGACAUGUUUAGGACUCUCCAUUGUGAGUUGGAUAUGGAGUGAAUUUGAGUAUGCUAUUAUUAUAGUAAUUCCAUUAAGUACAUUUUCUAAGAAAAUAUUUUUUUGGUCUUUCAGUAUGUUAGGGAGAGAAGGUUGUGGUGGAAGGAACCAGAUACUGAGCAGUUAUCCAUGUUUUAAUUUGUACUAAGCCUCAAUUUGAAUUGGCAGAAUCUGUGAUGUAAAAACAUGUUUAAAUCAUCAUCGUCAUGAUAUGUUUGUGAAUAGUAUUUUUAUAAGUAUACCAUUUUUACUGAUAGAGGUAUGUAUGAAAGGUUACCAGAAACAAUGUUGUAAAGAGCUUUCAGUAGUUGCAUAUCGACCUCAAACAUGCUUGUGAUUACAUUUCAUAAAGGAUGCAAGUAUGUUUUACUCAGAAUUAACCAUACUUAUAUAAAUGUUAUGUUUCUGGACAUUAU